AUGCGCAAUAUUUUCUUUUUCCCCGCUUUUCUGCUAAUUGUGGCCACCGUCCCCAUUCGAUCUUUACUCACGGCACAGCAGGCUUGCCAGAACGCAUGUUCGCUUCUGGAAAGAUACCAGAGUAACGCCACAUUAUUCGCAAGUGAUGGUGAUGCUUACACAACGCAGCAAGAGGCUCACUGGAAAACAGCAUGGAAGACGCCGACAUGCAUAUAUUCACCACAGAGCAUCGACGAUGUCGUACAUGCUAUAAAAAUUCUUCAGUCAACCAAGUCGAAAUUCGCAGUGCGAGGUGGCGGACACUCACCCCUGUCAGCGUGGGCAAACAUCGACAAUGGGGUCCUCAUCUCCAUGAGAGCUAUCUCCGACAAGGUCUAUGACCCUGCUACCGAGACAGUGCGUGUAGGGUUUGGCUGCACCUGGAUGGAGGUCUAUCAAUUUGUCGAGCUUCAUUCGCGUCUUGUGGUUGGCGGUCGGGCUUCUACCGUAGGAAUGGGCAUGAUCAUGGGUGGCGGGCUAUCCCAUCUUUCGAAUGCCUACGGAUUUGCUUCGGACAAUGUAGUUUCAUACGAACUGGUAUUAGCAAACGCUACUAUCGUUAUGGCUUCGGCAGACUCGCAUCAAGAUCUAUUCUAUGCACUCAAGGCUGGGGCAAAUAACUACGGUAUCACGACUCAUGUGACAUUGAGGACCUAUCCCCUUAGCAAGGCUUGGGGAGGAACCCUAGUUUAUACCAACGAGUAUCGUGAUCAACUCAUGGAAGCCUUGACGAUCUACCAGCAUUCCGGACAACUCGAUACAAAAUCAGCUCUUCUCGCUUAUCUUGGGAUUAAUAAUAAUACGGCGUAUGUGAGUUUAGUCUACUUGGACGCGGUACGACGCCCCCAGGCCUUCAAGCCAUUUUACGACAUACCAAGCGUAGUUGAUACUACUCGUUUUUACGAUAAAUUCGGUGACAUAUUAGCAGAACAAGUUGAUCGAGUUGUUCCAAGGUGGACCUUCGGUGCCACAACUUUCUUCCUUGACAAUGAAACCUACGUAGAUGCUGCUAGAAUAUCCCAAAUUGCGGCAGAGAGACUUUCAACAGUCAAUGGAGGUACCAUGGUUCUGAUGCCUCAGCCGAUAUCGAAGUCAAUGAUCAAGGCCUCCCGAGAAAGGGGUGAGAAUCCUAUGAUCCCGCAGGAUCGUGAACAAAUGUGGUUCUGCAUUAACAUAGGGUGGAAUUUCAAAUCUGACGACGAAGCCGUCGGUAGCAUACUAAUGGACACUCUUGACCAGAUCGAUGGUAUUACUAAAGAAAGAAAUCUCUAUGAUCCUUUUAUAUUCUUAAACGACGCUUACCAUUCUCAAAAUGUUUUUAGAAGCUAUGGGGUGGAGACUCUUAACAAAAUGCAGGCUAUUGGGAAAAGAUACGAUCCCGAGCAGAUGUUCCAGCACCAAGUUCCCGGGGGCUUUAAGCUGUAUUCCGCGAAUCGAAGGACACCAUGA